CUUUCCUUUCAAACCUCCAUCAUCGCUGCGACGUUGAGCAAUGGAUUCGCCUUUAGACAAGCUCGAAUCUCAGGUUUGGCUCACUCUUGAUAGUAAUGAAUCAAUAGAACAACUGCUAGCCUUUCCUCGAACAUCCGGACAUACAAAAGCUCUCACAACACCGCCUCGCUCAAGGUCAGCAUCAACGUCGACGCCUCCACGUCAACCUAGAAAGCUUCGCUACAAGAGAUCUUCCCGACUUCCAGCAGGAUGUCCAGCAGAAGCCGCUCUUCAGAGUCUCUUGGAGUCAACCCAUAUUUCUGAUUCUUCGCCGAAACACCGGUCACAAACUACCGUGAAGUCGCUCUUCUCCAUGAAACCUUCCAAUUCACCGUUUCCCUCGAAUCACCCUGCCGUCAAAUGCAAGUCUAUGGCAAGACGGUCAACGUACACUGACGGUGCUCCCGGGAUUCAAAGUUCCUUCGCACGUCCGACGUUCAUCCGCUCGCACAGUACCUCACAGAUUUCACUCGUCUCUGCUCAGGGCGGUUCCGAUUUCUCCUCAAAUUGUGCCUCAAAUGUCCGGUGCAAUGCAGGCAGCAUGCCCGGUCGGGGAGUCAAGCGUGUUCGUAGUAAGAGCGAACAAGGGAACGAAGGCAUUGAGGACUUCAGCUCAGAAAGAUUCGUUCCAAUGAAUGGUUCUUCUGGACGUGGUCACCCUCCCAUCAAGAAGUUCAAGAUGCUUUGUGUUACUUGAACUCUCAGAGAAGCCUUGGUUUUUGGUGUCACUUGUAUUGUCGGAGGAUAUGUUCUGUUUCUUCUAUGGAUUGUGGAUCUCAAUUUACUCGAUUUUAUACUGUGUUGUUUUCUUGCAAUGUACUUACCAGAUUGCCUCUCGGGCGCGCGGUUUACUGGACCAUAUAUUCGAAAUCAGUUGGAUGGGCUGACCUCUCGCAC